AUGUCUGCCUCACUAAGCUCUACUGCCUUCCAAUCCCGUGGCUUCCAGGCACCAUCUAGUUCUACACCAGUGCAACCACCUACUGUGUCUGAUCUGCCCAUCAACACUGAUGUGCAUGGUGAAGCUGAUGACAGUGAAGUUGCUGGAGACACCAACAACAAUGGCACUGAUAGUGAUGACCCUACCCCUGGUGAUGCCUCUACUGUCAAAAGCAUUGAGACUUCGAUCACAAAAUAUGCAGCCCUUUAUGCCAUUUUCCAUUCUCCUUUUUUAUCGAAAGUUUCCCUUCUGGUGGAACUCAGCAGUGAUUUCCACUCAUGGGCACCAACAGAAAUGUUUUCAUCUGUUGAAAAUUUCAAUCAAUUCUGUGUCCACAAAAUUCUCACAAUGAAAUAUCCUAUCUUAACAAAUGAGCUCCGCACUCAUUCUGGAGCUAUGCCUUGGUCAGCAAAGGUCCUUGCAGCUUGCUACAACAAGGGGAUAAUUGUCAUUAUUUUUGGUCCUUCUGCACUCAAUGGCCCUGUUUCUUCCAUCCCCUUUCCAGGAUCCCCUGAGCUUGAGAAUUGGGAGCCUGCAGAAUUAUAUGCAUCACAAAGGGCACUAGGGAGCAUGUAUGAGGUAACUGAAAUAACCCCUGGCACUUUGGCCAUUGUUUCAAUGCUGGUUUAUUUCAUUUUGUCUGGUGACACUGAGAUGGUUUCUGGUUCUGGCAAGCCCAGUGCCACCAACUAUGUUGAUAUCCUUCUCAACUUCUAUCAUUUUAUCCUUACCCUACUUCACCAAGAGAAAACGACCACAGUCCAACCAAUGCAUAAGACCAUGGAUUGGUACAAGCAUUUCUUGUUUGGUCCUCCUGCAGGAGCAGGAGAUGCACAUGCAUCAGGACGAGCUGGAAGUCUUUCUUUGGGCCUGAGUGCUCUUCUUGAAGAAAUGGAGCUUAGUGGCAGUAAUGAAUUGAUGCAGGCUAGAGUUCCACACUGUGUCCAGAACCAGAUGUACAGACUGAAGUGGUGGCUACCCCAGUCAGCCUGGAUGAGGGGAGGGAGACAAGGUAUGGGCACAGAGGCCGGGCCCACACAGGUGACACUUCUGGGAAUGACAGUUCUCGAGAAGUUAGUCGUGGAAGGAGAGGCCAGAGAGGUGGAGCCCAGGGUAGCAGCAGUCACAGAGGUCGUGGAAGUCAUGGAGGCAACAGCACUACACAUGGUGAUGAAUAGGGACAGCUCUGAAAGCGGCAAAGUCCUGGUGCUGGGGACUUGGUGGGACGAGAAAUGGCUGUGCAUAGUGGUGGUCCUGUUGUGGGGUGAGUGUCCCUGA